CAAACGCCAAUCAGCCGACGUCACUGGCUCUGCUGCAGGUGCAAGAAGAGAAGUGCUGCAUUGGUGCAAUUGGAGCUCUGAAAUAAAUAAUAAACAAGCUCAAAGGGAGGAACAGAGUCACCUAAUAGAAGAGAUUAGGGAUGUAUGCUGCCUGAGGAAAGCUUUAUUGUAUGGCAACUCCUUCCAGAGAAAGUCUGCACUGAUUUAACUAUGGCAUCGGCUACAGAUUCUCGCUAUGGACAGAAGGAGUCCUCAGAUCAGAACUUUGACUACAUGUUUAAGAUUUUGAUAAUUGGCAACAGCAGUGUUGGAAAAACAUCCUUCCUGUUUCGAUAUGCUGAUGAUUCCUUCACACCUGCCUUUGUCAGCACAGUUGGAAUUGAUUUCAAAGUAAAAACUAUAUACAGAAAUGACAAACGGAUUAAACUCCAAAUAUGGGAUACAGCAGGCCAGGAGAGGUACCGAACAAUAACGACAGCAUACUACCGAGGUGCUAUGGGUUUUAUUCUCAUGUAUGACAUCACAAACGAAGAGUCCUUCAAUGCCGUGCAGGACUGGUCGACCCAGAUUAAGACAUACUCUUGGGAUAAUGCUCAGGUACUUCUGGUCGGGAACAAAUGUGACAUGGAGGAUGAACGGAUUGUAGCAUCUGAGAGGGGGCGACAGUUGGCUGAUCAUCUAGGUUUUGAGUUUUUUGAAGCCAGUGCAAAGGACAACAUCAAUGUGAAGCAAACCUUUGAACGACUGGUCGAUAUCAUCUGUGAGAAAAUGUCUGAAAGUCUCGACACUGCAGAUCCAACUCUUACUGGAGCCAAACAGGGACCCCAGCUCACUGAGCAGCAGGGCCCACCCCAGCAGGACUGUGCAUGCUAGAAGGCAUGGAUGCAUUUCAGCACCUACUCAGUAUCACAAUCCUGACAAUGUAAUCAUGUGUACAAGCGUCCACUCAUUGUUCUAUGUAUCAAGUAAAGGCAGACCAUUUUGCCCCCUUUAUUACAAAUGAUGAGUCUCCCUUUUUUUUUGUCCAGACUUGAGUAGGGAAACAAGAAUACUGCACAGAAAGUGCAUUAGGUUUUUUUUAAGCUAAUAGAGUCAAGUGAGUUUAGAAAUUGUGAACCUAUCUUAAUACUUCUGUUGACCUGACUGAGAUGCAAACAAUUGUAACAUUCAUCUUUUAAUCCCUGUGCAUUGUUAGAGGUUACUGUUGCCUUCUUUUGACGUUUGUACAUCAAAGUCUUGUAGUUUAGAUAAUUAGGUUUGAUUCCAGAAACCGAUUUUCUUGUUUACUGGUAUUCAAAGAGCUUGUGACACAUGGGAAACUUGUAUCUGGUCUAUAGUUGUCAGCUCUCCUAUCUUUUUUUUUUUUUUUUUUUUUUUUUUUAAUUGUUGCAAUCAUGUCUGUAGAACCCGGCUUGUUGUAGAACAGACCCAAACAUUCUUCUGCUACAUUUAAUCACAUGACAGAAUCUGUGGCUUAUGUCAUAAAAAUAAGCACACUGCCAAUAGCACCUUAUUCAUUGGACUGCAGUACCACACUUAGGAUCAGAUUAUCUGGUAGGACAAAGGCCAUGUUUCAACAACUCCCUUCUUAAAUGAAGGGUAUAGAUAAAUGAGGGGAAAUGUAGGACAGUUGAUGUUGCACUUAAAUUAUUCAUGUUUUCUCAUUGGUGUCAUAGGUAAUUAAAAGAUAUAUAAAUCACUGCCUACAGUAAUGCCGGUCAUACAAAUAAAACAGUGAAGGAGAACCAUUUAAUAUACGGCAAGCUAACUUUAGAACAGGGUUCAGCAUGAUGUCUUAAUGCAUUUUCAUGCACCAAGUUAAAAUAUCAGUAAAGAACUUUCAGUGAUAACUCCAUUUUGCUCCUGAUUUUCUCUGAUGAUAAGUUUCUUUCCUUGUAUUGUUUUGUUAGUUCAUAUUUAGUACAUAUGUCAAUCACUGGUUGUUGAUCAUGCAUAUGGACCAGGUUCUUCAUUUGCAUGCCUGUAACAUUAUGGGACAACAUGUAACAUGAGCAGUUGCAUGGCUUCAUGGUUGUGUUCUGCAUUUGCUAAUUCCGUGCAAGCAAAGAAGAGAGUACAGUGCAUUUUGGUUGUACUUUUUGAUGGGAUGGAUAACAAGCUGGCCAGCUGCUAUUUACAGUGACUAUAUAUUUUAAUGAGAGAUAGGCCACUAAUACAAACAUUUCUGUAACACGUUUUUGGGGAACAGUCUGAAAGAUGGCCUUAAAGAGGACUGAUAGGCUGUGUAGAUUUUAAUGGAAUGUAUACCUGGACUUCAAGUGAAGCAGAACUGAAAUUAUAUAUAUAUAAAAAAAGAUAUGCUUAUGAAAGUACGAAACACAGCCAGUGUGCGAUUGUGGGGGGGGGGGGGUUCCCUUUUCCGUCAAGUUUGUAUGAGCAUUCAAUAUUCUUGAAAUACUUGUCCCUUCCCUUAUUUCCUUCAGCACUAAUCCCUAGAAUUUAAUAGCUACACUGAGUAUGUGAGCAAAUGCUUGUCAGAAUAGCCUUUCUGGCUAUUUAUUACAGCCAUUUAUUAAAUUAAAUCUUUUCAAACCACCUCAUGAUGUCAUGCUUCACUGAAUGUAUGCAGUGUGAAAAUGUAUUGGCAUCUUGGCUUAAAACUAGGCCUUCACUUGCUUCCCAAACUGUCAUGUAGACAUAUUGAAAAUGCCCUUGAAGGAGAGCUCAUACUCGCCUUGCUUUCGUACAUGCGAUUUUAGCAGGAUUGUGUCACCAGACCUGUACACAUGCUCAGUUUACUAGAAUUUUAGGGUUUGCAGAACUCUGCUUUGCUUUAGUCCCAAGGUAUGUUUCCACAUUAUCCACCCCCACACACAAACCAAAUUGUUUUUAGUAAUUUUUUCAUAUGUUAAAAUAACUAUGAUCCACCCAGUCUAUCAGUUGUAUCAUUUUCAGGGCAAUAUAAUACUAAUCAGUGGAAAGGGCCAGAUACACUGACUUUUUGUUCAGAUGUUUCCAUUUGUUGAGUAUACCUUAAGCAGCUAUAGGUUUUGGUUUCUUUUGGAUCCUUUCUAUAUAUCAUCCACCCUCUGUACUUGAAAUCAACUAAUCAAAAUAAUUUUAUGAUAUAAUGGCUGAAGCUUUUUUGUUUGCAUUUGUCACCUGGAUGGCUGUCAUUUCAAAAGUGUGUUUAUUGGGGGUGGCAGCUAGGCUGGAUACUUACUCGAAAACAUUUCUUUUAAACUUCCCUGCCUCCACUCACAUACUGAGAAGGAACUUUGUUUACCAUUGUCUGAUUUCCACAAAGAUGAACACUAAAAGGGUAAAAAAACUCCACACAGCCUGAUGAUGAAACUUACUUUUUUAUGCAUUUUGUUUCCUUUAAAUUGCAGGACCAGGCAGUAGAGUUAAUUUUAUCAUUAGAUAAAAUUCAGUCAAGUGCUUCACUGUCCAUAGUGUGGAAGUAUAUUAAUUUGUUAAAUAUGCAGUAGCCUGCAUUCAGACACAGAGAAAGAUAGAACUGCAGUUGUUGACCAUUGAUAAACAUCUCUUUGCAGAAAGGGGAAGUUUAGAGGUUAUUUCUGCAGUCCAGUACCUCAUAUGCAAUGUUUAUAAGAUGCAUUUAAAAUGCAGAAAGAGAGGGUGCUCUCCCAUUGUAUCAGAAAUUCUCAUUGUACUUAGGAAGGGGAAACUGACUACUGGUGCUGUUAAUAGCCCUAAUUUUAAGGACGUAGUGUCUCCUUUCGUUGUAUAAUUAACAUCAGCCUGUGGAAGCGGCUGACAUCUGCCUCAGACAGCAUUAAUUUCCACCAGUGUCACAACUAAAGUACCCUCAAAACCAUAAAAUAAGAUAACAUGAAACUGCUUUUUGCAUCAUUGUAGCACGCAUGCAUUGCUUAUUACCUUCUGAGGUAUUCUCAAGAUUUAAAAAAAAAAUGGAAACCGCCAUGGAUUCCCUUUUAGUGUCGUCAUUUUUUAAGUCAAAGAAGCCAAUUAAAUUAUCUAUCCAAGUCAAAGAAACCAAUUAAAAUACCUGAAACAGAUUUUACAGCCCGUUCAAAUUCACUAUACUUGUGUUUAAUAUGGUUUGGGCGUUUUUUGAAUAAUUAACUUUGGACAUAUUUAAAUUGCUUAGUAGAGAAAUUAUACAAUUUAAUAGCAUUUAAAUUAUUUUCCAACACAGUGUGCAUUGGUUCACCUUCCCUUAAAAUGUGCUCAGAUAGUCUUGCUGAAGACUUUCUUACCAUUUUUUAGCACAUUUUCUAUGCAGAGAAAAAUUGACUAGUAACAGGCUACCAUGGAGUAAGUGAGGGCUGCAGCAGAUAGAAAUGUUCAGUGGUACAGCUAGUGUUGCAGAUAUGAGUUCCUGGACAGAAGAGUCAGUCUCUGGGCCUGUCAUAUUAAUAUGGAGACCUCUGCAGUUUAUUUCAAAUAGGCCGGUCUAAAGAGGACAGUGGCAGCUGUUAUGCAUUUUGUAUCUGUCCUACUGUAGUGCAGCACCAAGGGAUCUCCUGCCAAUCUCUGUCCCAACAUAAAACAAACAAGAGUUGUGCAUUGAAUCUGUGAUAAUGAAGUAAAGCAAAAUUAUAUUGCCUUUAAUGAAAAUGUAAAAACAUCCAAUGCAUAUGGGAAUGCAAGGUCUGAAUACAAAGAACAUGGAACGUUUAAAAUAUUUGCUUAUUUAUUUCACUCUUCAGUUUUGAUUUAUGUUUGUUGCUUCAUAACCUUACUGGUUUGGCAGCAUAUUUAUAAUAAAGUUCCUAAAUUUAAUGUUGGUAGUGACUGUAGUGAUCAUUAAAAAUGACUGCAUCCUGCAUGUCACCUUUUUUUCCAGAGUUUCUUUGGACACUCCAUUUAGACUUUUCCAUAUUAUUUGAUGGAUGUGGCAAAUGUGAAUCAUUGUUUACCCAUCUGUGCUAUGGAGAAAUUUGUGGUGUAUAGUGUUAAGUUUUUUUUUCCUUUCUGUGUUCCUUGAAGGGUGAUUCACUGUAGUACAUGUUUUGGCUGAAUUCACUCUCUUUCUCUACUGUCUUCCUCAUUGUAAAUACAGGUUGUAAAUAGAAUUAACAAGUGGUCGUUGUGUGUGUGCUAUGUUCAGUAUUUUUGCUUGAGUUUGUGUAUUUAUUGUACAUGUGUGUUGUAGAUCUGCCUGUAAUUAUUUUAUAUAGAUUAAAAAAGCAAUACCAGCAAGGGUGAAACUGACUGCAAAUCUAGUAGCAAAUUCUCAAGUUUUAAAACCAAAGGUUUGACCAUACUGUGGUGGAUUAUCAUAGUCAAGCAUUUCACAGUUUUGCUAGGUUUUAAAAAACUAGAACUUGAUCAUUAUAACUGUUUUGCUUGUUAAAUAAUGAUCACAAGUCUUGUAUUCAUUCCUCUGUACUUCAUUAAAAAAGGAGCAUGAAAUGUGAUUAUCUAUUUAAGUGGCAGGUAAUUGUUUUAAAUAUAAGAGGCUCCGCUUGUAUUUUUUAACCUUUUUAUUCACUAUAUUGUCAUAUUUGGUCUUCUGAUAUAGAUUCAGUUACCUUUUAAUGCCUUGGAAUAUGCCUUAAAGUUGUGCCCUUUGUUAUAGUGACCAAUCUUUUCAAAUAUUACUUGGGGUUUUAGGAAAAUACUAGGCAAAUAAUCACAGGGACAGACCAGAAGAUGCCUAGCCAUAUACAUCUGUAAGAAGACAAACUUAACAAGUUCUUGGCACCCUUUCCAAGCACUUAAUAGUGCUCCACCUCCCAGGUUGAGCUGGGACUGCUUGAUAACCCUGAUUUAAGGUUAUAUCUACCCAGCUACUCAUCAAGACUAGCCUUAAAGAUAGCCAAAACAGUACUUUGACCUGCAGGGAUAACUUGUUCCAUAGACUAGGAAAAUGUUGAGUUAGGUACCUCUCUCUGCAGUGAGGCUUUUUUAUUUGUUAGGUAGAUGUAACUCCCUAGUGUGGGUGUUUGUCGAAGGUUUUUUGAAGAAUUAGAAGGUCAGGGUCGUCCAUGUUUCAAAAAGUGAGACAUGGGUCAUCGUGCAGCAGUCUGUAAGCUACUGAGUAUAAGGAGAGACAUUCUAAUUGAUGAGUAGUUGAGAGAUUUAAGCCCAUUCAUUCCUUUGUUAAAUUGGUUUUAUGGUGUCUGUCCUUAGUAUUUCAUUACGUCUUAGGCAGCACUUUGGAAAUGUAAGUAAAUUUAAGGAAAAAAAAAUAAUUUACAUUGAUAACAUUUCAGGUGGUUGUGAUUUGGUUAAUAAUAGCUUGAAUUUGCAAAUCCCAUUCUGUUAAAUCUGCAAAUGGACAAAUCAGUGACCCUUUCCUGUCUUGGUGAGCUUUGACCCAUCAUCCCAGUGCAAGGAAGAAAAGACCCUUAUCCUCCCCCAUCAUUAACUGUGAGGGUGCCAAAUCUUGAAGGAAGAUUUAUUUGCUGUCAUUGAACAACCCAUUUGUCUGACAAGUUUGACUGAAAGGGCUUCUGUGGAUUGCGAUACUACAGUCUAAUUGGAUACUCUCCCAGGUAUGUUUCAUUAGUUAGCACAUCUGUCACUGGUAGUGUAGCUGUGAUUUUUUGAGGAUCCUUCUAUAUUCCAUGUUCUCCCUUACACAUUCUAGAAGUUUCCCAAUACGGCAGUGAAUGGCUGCUCCCCUGAACAUGUUAUUCCUGUCCUUGUUCCUCCUCUGGAGCUGUGCUACUUUGUAGAUACGUAAUACAUGACAUGGAAUUCUUCUGUGGAGAGAGGAGAACUGUUGCCUCAUGUGUCCUUAGUCUGACCUUUAAUUCAUCGUUGACCUGAAGAUUUGAUUAAUGUAUGCAUGACUGUGGUAUUUGACAUAUAGUGGUAGAUGUAACACCUGCAAUGAGUUUCCUAACAGAUUGCUUUGUUUUUCAGCUUUGUACAUGAUUCUCUUUUUUAUUUGAUUAAUUUUCAGAUUGCCACUGAUGUAGUGUCUUAUUUCCACUGGCUGGGUACCAGAUUAAUCAUUGGUUAGCUGGUCAGAUGAAGACAUAGCAGUGUGUCUCUCAACAGUUACUUAAAGGUCACAGUCUGAUCAGCCAGAUAUGUAGUAACAAAUUAGAGUUCUGAUUUUAAUGUGUUUUAAUGCAUUCCCAGUUGGAAGGACACUGUGGUGUUGAUGCUGCAGUUUGUGUGUCAUUUGUAGAUCUAAAAACAUUUUAAUUUUUUUUUAUUUCUCACUGAGCAUUAUUAGUGAAAGUGUAAAACUUGAUGGAGACUCAGUUAUUUAGAUUUGUAAUAUUCUAAAUAUUGAAUUAUCCCAUAGCCUCCUGAAUAUAUUUGUCCUACAUUGUUUUGUAGUACACGGUGCUUAGUGAUUAUACUCUAGAAUUGGGAAACAACAAUCUUGUAUGCCUCUUUCUGAUAGCAAACAGGUGGAUAACAAGGUUUGUUAUGCACUAAUUAGAUGUGUUUUUCUGCUGUCUGUGUGGCAAAGUUAAAGUUUUUCACAGCUUUUCAAAGCUGUAAAACACUAUGCACCCUUAAUGUUUAUUUUCUGUAAUUAGCAAUACAUUAGAAUGGCUAAAACUCUAUGUACUACAAAGAAUUAUAAUUGGGUCUGGAGAAUUAUAGCUAUUUAGGUAUGUGCUGUUGACAUGGAUGUGAAAUUCACCUCAAGGUGAAUUUCUUUCCAUUUGUGUCUCAAACAUACAACUUGCUUAUGAUCAGAGAAAAGAUUGUAAUGCCCUGUAUUGUGAAUGUGAGAUGGCUCCAUUGAUAAAAUGUAUUUAAGGUAUAUUUUAUUCUAAGUUUUAUUAUUUUUUGAAUGUUCUGUCUCAGUCAUGAGUUUCUAGAAACACUGAGAUUUAUCCAGAGACCUUUGCUGAUGACAUGACCGAGUAUAUUAGCUUGGUAUAGUAACAUUCAUUAGCAGAACCUUAAGUCGGUUAUUAUCUUAUUAAUUGUAUACUAUCUUCUUGUUCAUAUAAAAUAUCCUUAGGAUAAAAUGGAAGAGGAAUUUUAGUAACUGAGACUGAUACUUUUUUUUCACUUUGUCUUCAGAAGUAUAGUGUAAAACAGAAGAGGAUACAAUGCAAAUAAAUCGGUUCACUAUGGAACAGGAAAACUGUCAAUAUGUUUUAAUUUACAUAUGCAACAAAACUAAUCUCCAGGGAACAUAAAUUUGUGUUGUGUGUGUGUGUGUGUGUGUGUGUGUGUGUGUGUGUGUGUGUGUGUGUGUGUGUGUGUCUCAACAAAUGUAUGAUGGAUGUUUUGCUACACAAAAUAUACUGUGUUAUGGCUGACUAGUGGUGUUGAUAUAGGAAAGAGGAAUCAUCUUAGAAUGUCUGGAAUUUUAACUGGAUCGCUAAAACAGAAAACACAGCAUGCUUCUAACCAGAUUAAAAAAAAGAUCCCUGAAAUGAAGAAAAAUCCACCAAAAUUUAUUAAAUUAUUGGUCAUUAAAAAUGGAAGAACCAAGCAGAUGAGUAAAAAUCAUUUCAGAUUCUCUGUGUCAUAAUUUAGACUUUAUGUAUAUGUCAAACUGUACUAAAUUGCUACAAGUCAUCACCCGCGUAUGUCUCUCUGGUAAUAUGCUUUCUCUGAAGAAUGUGUACUCAGUGGAAAACCGUUCUGAAUGAUCUGAUGCAUUGCUUGUCUGUUUCUAGUUUUUUUUUCAGAGCAGUGUGUUAUUUAUUACUAUACAGAUAUAUAAAUUGUUAGAGAUUAUUUUAUUGAAAUUUACCUAUUUAUGUAAUACAUGCGGUAGUUUACACAAUGACUGUAAAAUUAAAGUGUCAAAAUUAUAUGACUUAUAAAGAUUUCCUAAACUGCUAUAUUAAAGAUAUGUUGUGAAGAAAUAAAUUAUUGCCGAUGCACUUGUA